UCUGAUUGGAUGCUCAAAGCUGUUGUUUUUUUAGCUGAAUACAUGUAGGCUUAUAAAUAUUUCAGGUUUUGCAUAGUGGCACAGAGACUAAGGAUGCACAACACUGCCCUUGGAUUGAGGGCAUUCAGGUAGUAAAAAGGUAAUGGGAAAUUUUUAUUUUAAGAGAUAAAUGGCUAUUGUCUGUUUUUUAGGAUAUUGAUAUUAUUGAUAGGUGUCUGUUUCUUUUAACUGCGUCCUUUACCUGAAAUUUUCUUGAUGUUUAAUUAUUUUGAUUUGUUUGUUUAUUGCAGGCUAUUGUGAAAAUGACCAUAGAACAAAAGCUGACUUUCAACAGAACCUAUGCUUACAGCAUACAUCCCUGCUAUGAAACCGAUAACACAACUUACGCAUUCACAGCCAACCCGUCUGUAAUAUGUGUUUCAGUGUAUAUUUUCCUUGGUUUAUUAUCUGUCUCCACAAUAUGUGGAAAUCUUCUUGUUAUUGUCUCUGUCAUUUACUUUAAACAACUUCACACUCCUACAAACUACCUUGUUCUCUCGCUCUCCGUUUCUGACCUGCUGGUUGGGGUUUUAGUUUUUCCUUUCAGCAUGGCAUUCACCGUCACCUCGUGUAUGUAUCAGGAAGACUUCUUCUGUAAAAUACGGGACAGCUUGGAUGUAUCUUUGUGCACCUCAUCUAUUUUGAACUUGUGCUGCAUUUCCAUUGACAGAUAUUAUGCAGUGUGUCAGCCACUGACAUACAGAACUAAAAUUAAUGUUCACUUUACUGCAAUCAUGAUUCUGGUUAGUUGGGGUAUUUCUGUUCUUAUUGGAAUAGGCAUCAUAAUAGCAGGAUUUAGCCAAGGAACGUGUGAAGACGUGUGUUCAGUUGAUGUUGCCAUGGCAAACACGAUGGGACCUGUUUUCUCAUUUUACCUUCCAGCAAUCAUAAUUCUCUGUAUCUAUCUGAAGAUUUUCCUUGUAGCUCAGAAACAGGUGAACAGCAUCCAGAGCACAAAGUCUGGAGCAAAUGUUAGUAAGAUAGAGAAAAAAGCAACCAAAACUUUGGCUACUGUGAUGGGUAUUUUUCUUUUAUGCUUGACCCCUUACUUUCUUUGUGUUGUAUUUCAACCUUUGGCUUAUAGCCCUCCACCAGCCUCUGUAAUUGAAGCACUUAACUGGCUUACAUUGUCAAACUCAAUGCUGAAUCCACUGAUUUACGCUUUCUUCUACAGCUGGUUUAGAUCAGCUUCCCAAAUGAUUCUUUCUGGCAAAUUAUUCCAUGGUGAUUUUGCUAACACAAAACUGUUUUGA